UUCUAGACGUCCCCUAUCUCUUUGCCAUAGGAAGGACUUGUCAUGUCACCAGAGUCCGUUGUAUUGCAUUAGUACAGAACCAGCUAUGGCUGUGAAUGUGAAUGCUAAAAUAGUUAUUAUAGGAUGCGGGAUUUCAGGUGUAGCAGCGGCUCACCGCCUCGUUAGUACUGGAUUUCUUCAUGUGCGCAUACUUGAAGCGACUGCAAGAAGCGGAGGAAGAAUCAGAACUGGCAGACUGGGUGAUAAUAUUGUUGAGAUAGGAGCAAACUGGAUCCAUGGACCAUGCGAGGAGAACCCUGUGUUUUGUCUGGCCCGCAAGUACAAUCUUCUUGAUCCAGAGGCUCUCACCCCAGAGAACCAGGCCAUGGACAUCGGAGGACAUCCCCCUUUUGUUCCCAACGUUUUCUGCAGUUCAGGUCGGAAGAUGAAUGCUGACGAAAUUUAUUAUACUCAUGAAAUGUUUGCUGAGUUGCUGGAUGAAAGUUCAAAAUUCGAGAGUCAAGGAGGAGAACCCUGGGCCUGUGUGGGAGAUUUCAUCCGGGCAGAGAUUCAACAACGAGCUGCAGAGAAGUGGAAAGAUAUUGAUGCAACCACCAGAUCUCUGCGACUGUGUAUGAUCAGCAACAUGUUGAAGUUGGAGUGCUGCAUUAAUGGGGCUCACAGCAUGGAUGAGGUGGGCCUGGGGGCCUAUGGCCUUUAUAAAACUCUUCCUGGACUGGACUGUACAUUCCCAGGUGGCUAUGAAGGUCUGGUCAAAAACUUGAUGUCAGAGCUCCCCAGUGGUUUAGUGACCUACAAUCAGCCUGUUCGCUGUAUCCACUGGAACAAAACAGAGAAGAGAGGAAACCCUGUGAUGAUCGAGUGUGAUGAGGAGACGAUCGCUGCUGAUCAUGUUAUUGUCACAGUACCUCUAGGAUACCUAAAGAAGCACCAUUCAGCCCUGUUCCACCCUCCUCUCCCUCUACACAAGCUGCACUCCGUCCAGAGACUAGGUUUUGGAACAAACAAUAAAAUAUUUGUGGAGUUUGAUUCACCGUGGUGGGACACUGACUGUGAGGUCAUCAAUCUUGUGUGGGAAGAUGAGGAUGUCAUGGUGGACCAGGUGCCAGAUGUACAGAGGUCCUGGAUAAGGAAGCUGUGUGGAUUCACUCUGGUCAAACCUACUGAAAGGUAUGGCCAUGUUCUGUGUGGCUGGAUUGCUGGACAUGAGUCAGAGUAUAUGGAGACACUGUCUGAACAAGAGGUCACACAGGCCGUCACACAACUCAUCCGCAGAUUUACAGGGAACCCUACCAUCACCCCGAGGAGGGUCCUGCGCUCCCAGUGGUUUCAUGACCCCUGGACAUGUGGAUCUUACAGUCACCCAGCAAUAGGGUGUUCGGCACAGGACCUGGAGAACAUGAAGGAGCCGCUGCCUACGAAGGGAUCAAAGUCACAACCCCUGCAGGUGUUGUUUGCUGGAGAGGCCACUCAUCCAUACUACUACUCCACCGUCCAUGGAGCUCUUCUCACUGGGUGGAGAGAAGCUGACCGACUCAUCUCUCACUACUCCACAAUCAGUCCAUCUGAGCCGCCUAAUUCAAAGCUUUAAAAGAAUCUAUGUUGCUUUGACAAGAAAAGAUUUAUCAUACUUAUGGCUAAAAUCUGCAACUUUUUCAAACUGAGUUGAUUCUGAGGAUUGUGUAGAGCUGCAGUUUAUGAUAAGCAGUUAAGUGAGAUACUACUGACCUUAUGCUGUUUAGUGCAUUGAAAUAUAAAUGGACUCAGGCAACUAAAGUAAUCAAUACAGUAAUGACAUUUUCAUUAAAUAUGUAAAGGAUAAAGCUUUGAAUUCUUGAUGAAAUGCCUCUUUGUAUAGAAAACAAUUAACUAAUUGAGUUUGAAGUUAAUCAAACAAAUCAUCUUAAUAAUGAUACAGUUGUGAGAAUUAGUAGCAAUUUCAUAACUUGAUUGUCUUAUUUUAAGACUGAUGAAUCCCAUGCAGUUUUCAACUUUCUGCUUUGCUAAUCUUAUUAUUUUUGUAUGCAUUGAAUGAAAUAUCAGAUUCUAUUAAUAAAAUAUA